GUAAACCCACGUGACGCCAAGGCAUGUGUGAUCCAUGGCACUGAUCUGCGUGAAAUGACGCCUGCUCAGAUUGAUGAGGUGCUUCGCAAUCACACUGAAAUUGUAUUCGCCAGAACCAGUCCCCAACAGAAGCUGAUAAUUGUCGAAGGUUGUCAACGCCAAGGGGCCAUAGUCGCUGUCACGGGAGAUGGUGUUAAUGACAGUCCAGCUUUGAAAAAAGCAGAUAUAGGUUAG